AUGGCUGCAGAUCUCGAAAGAGAGUGUACGGAUAUGCCGCAGUUGGAUGCGGCCUUUUUCCUCGAAACCUACUGGCAGUACAUCUCGGUGGUAGCCAUCGAUCACGUCAAGGAUACGUCUACAGCACCUAUUCGAAAUGCACACGGCUUUUCGCCGAAUCAUGAGAGAAGGUCAACUGAGAGGGUCCCGAAUUUGAAGACCAAGGGCACUAUGAAACAUGACCCUUCAGCAGCCAUUCCGCACAAAGACGUGUUGGAAAAGGUUGUGGCCGACGCGCUACCAUCAGUUCUUUACGUCGACUUGCUGCCCCAUCGGACAUUCCUGGCCUCAACUUCAGCGUUCGCCUCCUUCAUCGAUGCUCUACGUGGUCUCGUAUAUCCAACUUCCUUCUCCGAGGCCACGAGAUUCGUCAAGGCGACCGUUCUAUCAGCCGAGAAGAGUGAAGACAGGCUGCUAGCGUCGGAGGGCCAACACGAGCUAGCUAUCCUGUCGGAGAUACAAUCAUGCCUCCCACAACGCAACAAUCUGAUCUCUUUCUCCAUGAAUUCAUGUGAAACUCGAAUUACAGCGCUGAACAGCGCGAAAUUAGCAAUCGAGGCCAGUACUGCUUCUGAGUGGGACUGGUGGCUGUUGCAGCCUCCGAGACAUCCCGGAGACGCCGCCAGAGACGAAUUGUCGUGGAAAUGUUCAUGUGGCACCAAAAGGCGCGAAUCAACCCUGCCAUAUUAUGCGAAUGAGCUGAAGCGCAUUUUCGACAAUUUUCCCCUGUCUCCUGGUGGUAGUAGUGGGCAUAUCAUCAAGCCAGAGCCCGAGACAUUCAUGCCCGGCGAGCUGAAAUUCGAGCUUCCCGCUGAUCACGACGAUGAGUAUCACUGCCGACCAAGGCCCACACACGCGGCUCCGAUCACCAAACACAUGUUCAGACACUACUUCUACGGCUGUUACGACAGCGGCACUCUGAGGCAUCGCCUUCACGCCUGGAUGCCCCUGGCGCCCACAUGUCGGAUCCGCAACCCAGCCGCGGAGCUGCUGGGAUUCGUCCCGAAGAGGGACAGGCCGGCCGCGGCCACAACUCGGUCGGACAAGGUCGAGGUGUGCUACGGCCUCGUGGCGCGGGAGUGCAGGUCCUUCUUCCGCGUCGUGCUGUACCUGUGCCUUAUCAUGGCGCCAUCGGUCUGGUUCGUGUUUGCCUGGCUCUUUGUGUGGGGUGUGGUGGCCGAGAUUAAUCUUGCGCGCAUUGGAAAGGUGGUGGAGGUCAUCGUCUACGCCUCGUAG